CAUCUUUCGAUUCUUCCUCUAUAUAUAUACAUAUAAUAUAUGCAUGUGCAUAAGGACACUGGGAAACAACCCAAAAAAAUCCCUCAAAUUUAAGCUUUUGAUUAUGCUGCUGUUUGGAUUUCUGGGGUUUUAGCUCUUCUGAUUCUGUGGAAAUGGAGAGAUCUCAGGGUUUGGAUUUCAAGGACCUCCCCGAGGCUUCUUCCUCAGAUGGUGCACUCUUUGAUGCAUCACAAUAUGAAUUUUUUGGUCAACAUGCUGUGGAGGAAGUGGAGUUGGGGGGUUUGGAGAAUGAAAAUAAUAUUCCUGUAUUUGGAUCCGUUGACGAUGAGUAUCAGUUGUUUGAGAGAGAAGAGAGUGUAGGUUUAAGUUCUUUGUCUGACAUCGAUGAUCUGGCAAGUACAUUUUCAAAGUUGAACAGAGUUGUUACUGGACCAAGAAAUCCAGGAGUUAUUGGUGAUAGGGGUUCUGGAUCUUUUUCAAGAGAAAGUUCGUCUGCAGCUGAUUGGGCACAAGACACAGAUUUUCCGAACUGGUUGGAUCAGCAUAUGUUUGAUGCAGAAUGUUCUCAGGAAGGCAAGAGGUGGUCAUCACAGCCACAUGCUUCUUCUGCUCAUCUAGGUGAAUCAAGGCCUUUGUACAGAACAUCGUCAUAUCCUGAGCAGCCACAGCAGCCACAUCACUUCUUGAGUGAACCAAUUUUAGUGCCCAAAUCAUCUUUCACAUCUUUCCCUCCGGGUGGCAGUUCUCAACAGGCUUCACCACGCCACCACCAUUCACAUCACCUGAAUAUUUCAUCUCUUACUGUCGGACCUCAGUUGCACUUAUCUGCGCCAAAUCUAUCUCCUUUAUCUAACUCUAAUAUCCAUUUGUCUGGCUUACCACAUGGGUUGCAUUACGGUGGAAAUAUACCUCAGUUCAACCCUCCUGGUCUAUCUGUUAAUAAUAGGCCACUGAACCACUGGGUCAAUCAUGCUGGCUUAAUUCAUGGAGAUCACCCUAGCCUCUUGAACAAUAUUCUGCAACAACAAUUACCUCAUCAAAAUGGGAUAAUGCCCCAACAGUUAAUGUCACAACAGCAGCUUCAACAGCAGAGGUUGCAUCAUUCAGUUCAACCAUCCAUGGCCCAUUUUUCAGCACUGCGAUCCCAACUGUAUAAUACCCAUCCUUCACCUCAACAUAAAGGAAUGCCUGGAUUGUCUGAUAUGAGAGAUCAAAGACCCAAGUCAACACAAAGGAGUAAACAAAACAUGCGCUUUUCUCACCAAGCCUCUGAUUCUAGCAGCCAGAAAAGUGAUAAUGGUCUGGUGCAAUUCAGGUCCAAGUAUAUGACAGCUGAUGAGAUAGAGAGUAUUCUUAGAAUGCAGCAUGCUGCCACACAUAGCAAUGACCCCUACAUAGAUGAUUAUUACCACCAAGCACGUCUUGCUAAAAAAUCUGCUGAAUCAAGGUUGAAACACCAUUUCUACCCGUCUCACCUUAAGGAUCUUCCUACUCGAGGACGCAAUAAUACAGAACAGCAUUCUCAUCUCCCUGUAGAUGCUCUUGGGAGGAUUGCCUUCUCUUCCAUCCGUAGGCCUCGCCCCCUCCUUGAAGUAGACUCUCCUUCCUCUGGCUCUAAUGAUGGCAGCACUGAACAGAAUGUCACUGUAAAGCCACUGGAACAGGAACCAAUGCUUGCAGCUAGGAUAGCUAUUGAGGAUGGCCUUUGUCUUCUCCUUGACGUAGAUGAUAUUGAUCGGGUUUUACAAUUUAGUCCCCCCCAAGAUGGAGGGAUUCAGCUGAGGCGGAAGCGGCAGAUGCUGUUGGAAGGGUUAGCAGCUUCACUUCAGCUUGUUGACCCGCUUGGGAAAAGUGGCCAUGCAGUUGGGUUGGCUCCCAAUGAUGACCUUGUUUUCCUGCGUUUGGUCUCUCUUCCCAAGGGCCGAAAGCUCCUUUUCAGGUACAUUCAGCUACUUUUCCCAGGUGGCGAGCUUGCCAGAAUUGUCUGCAUGGCUAUUUUCCGUCAUUUGAGGUUUUUAUUUGGCGGCCUUCCCUCUGAUAAGGGGGCGGCAGAGACAACAAUAGAUCUUGCAAAGACAGUUUCCACUUGUGUUAAUGGCAUGGAUCUUCGUGCUUUGAGUGCUUGUCUGGUUGCAGUUGUUUGUUCUUCAGAGCAGCCACCCCUCCGCCCUCUUGGAAGCCCUGCUGGAGAUGGGGCCUCUAUUAUCUUAAAAUCUGUUCUUGAAAGGGCAACCGAACUCCUAACUGAUCCUCAUGUUGCUGGCAAAUGUAGCAUGCCCAACCGUGCUCUUUGGCAGGCUUCUUUUGAUGAAUUCUUUAGUCUUCUUACCAAGUAUUGCCUGAGUAAAUAUGAGACUAUCAUACAGUCAAUAUUUUCACAAACCCAGCCUGGCACAGAAAUAAUUAGUUCAGAGUCCACAAGAGCAAUAAGCCGGGAAAUGCCUGUGGAGCUUCUACGCGCAAGUCUUCCUCACACUGAUGAGCACCAGCGGAAGCUUUUACUAGAUUUUGCUCAGCGAUCCAUGCCCAUCACAGGAUUCAAUACCCGAGGGAGCAGUGGCCAGGUAACUUCUGAAUCAGUGAGGGGUUAAUAGAAGAGGAAAUAAAGAAAUAUGAUGUGAAAGGCAUCUCAGAAACAUCCAUAUGCUGUAGUGGAUUAGUUGUGUGCCAUCCCUUCACAAAGGCAAUAUAUACACACAUAUAUAUGCUUAGGAAUGAAAUGUGGCCACACUGGCUUCAGCCUCAUUUGUUUUCCUGUCUUUUUUUUUCCUUUUUUAAAAGUGUUGGUUACGUUAUGUGAUGUUCAUCUUGUUAAACUUAGUCAUAUAUGCAUUAAUGUGUACUAUCGUCAAGGGGAGUUUGUGACUGGAAGUGUUUUUUCUUCUGGGGAGCUUAAUUUUGGUGCUCUGUGUUGAAACUCCGGCCAAAACUGGGAAGUAUAGGGAAAGAGAAUGUACAGAGGGUGGUCCUACCAAAACCUUCGAACCCCGUUCUUCCUCCUUAUGGACCUAGAAAGAAGUUUGUGGUCGUCUCAAGAUGGGGGAAGUAUCAAUUAUGUAUUUUGUUAGCAUGAUAUAGUAGUAGUCUAGGGUUUUUAAUUUCCCUUCUUGUAUUACUUUGAUGAGAAAAUCUUGUAAUAAUUGAAGUUGUUGUAGUUAUAUUUGACAAAGUUCUGGAUUUGAUGUUAUGCAUGAUUCAACUUUCUUAGGUUUUUCGAUACCAA